AUGAAGGCCAUAAUUCUCGUCGGCGGCUUCGGCACUCGCCUCCGCCCUCUUACCCUGACCCUUCCCAAGCCCUUGGUCGAGUUCGCCAACAAGCCCAUGAUCCUGCACCAGAUUGAGGCUUUGGCUGCUGCUGGUGUCACAGAUGUUGUUCUUGCCGUCAACUAUCGACCUGAAAUCAUGGAGAAGGCUCUUGCUGAGUACUCUAAGAAGUUCAACAUCAACAUCACCUUCUCCGUCGAGACUGAGCCCCUAGGAACCGCCGGUCCUUUGAAGCUGGCUGAGAAGACGCUUCUCAAGGACGACACGCCCUUCUUCGUCCUCAAUGCCGAUGUCACUUGCGAAUAUCCCUUUAAGCAGCUGGCCGACUUCCAUAAGGCACAUGGCGAUGAGGGCACCAUCGUUGUCACCAAGGUCGAGGAGCCCUCCAAGUAUGGUGUCGUCGUUCACAAGCCCAACCACCCGUCGCGCAUUGACCGCUUCGUCGAGAAACCGGUCCAGUUCGUUGGAAACCGCAUCAACGCCGGUAUCUACAUCCUGAACACAUCUGUUCUCUCGCGAAUCGAGCUGCGCCCUACCUCGAUCGAGCAGGAGACUUUCCCGGCCAUGGUCCGCGAUUCUCAGCUGCACUCGUUUGACCUCGAGGGAUUCUGGAUGGACGUUGGCCAGCCGAAGGACUUCCUUGCCGGUACCUGCUUGUAUCUGUCAUCACUCGCCAAGAGAAACAGCAAGCUUCUCACCCCUACAUCUGAGCCUUUCGUCCACGGCGGCAAUGUUUUGAUAGAUCCCACCGCUAAGAUCGGCAACAACUGCCGCAUCGGGCCCAACGUUACCAUUGGCCCCAACGUUGUGGUUGGCGAUGGUGUCAGGCUGCAGCGUUGCGUGCUAUUGAGAGAUUCCAAGGUCAAGGACCACGCGUGGAUCAAGAGCACCAUCGUCGGCUGGAACAGCACAGUGGGCAGGUGGGCGCGCCUAGAGAACGUUACCGUCUUGGGUGACGACGUCACAAUUGGUGACGAGAUCUACGUCAACGGUGGUAGCAUCCUGCCGCACAAGAGCAUCAAGGCCAACGUCGAUGUUCCCGCCAUUAUUAUGUAA